ACAAUAAAAUUCAUUGUUUGUUAAGGAACAAUUUCGUUCGUCUGUGAAAGAUAUAAAUUAACGAGAAAAUUCUCAUGUUUUGCGUGCAAGGGUUAAGAAAAUUAUAAAAUAUUGAGAAAAUGGAUGAUGAAACAUUAAACAGACUUGCAGUUGAGGCAUUAUUAGAAGAAGCUAAGAUUGGAGCAAAAAGAGCAGAAAUAAUGGGACCCAGUGGAUGGAUAAAACCAAAGGAAUCUAUUAAUAAAAGAUUUCUUCAUUCAACAUUACGUAAUGUUGUUCUUUCAAACAAAUAUCAAUUAAAAAGAAGAAGUGAGAAACAGUUGCAUAUAUCUGAGAAUACGUUAAAGUAAUUUUUAUUUUUUGCUCUUAGUAUAAGUAUUAGUUCCUUGCAACAUUCUUUACUGUCCUUCUAUUAAUUUAGGAUUAAAUCAUUCAAUAUCAUGAAAAUCUAUGUCAUUUAGUACCUAUUAAGUAAUUGUAAGUUUCAUUUUAAGCUAAAUAAAUGUAAUAUAAAAGGCAUUCACUUAAAUAUAAUGAAAAAAAAAUUAGUCACCAAUGAUAGUUAAAAUGAUGGAAUAAAUUGAUAUGGAUUUAAAGAUGCUGAAAAUUGUAAUUAAUAUAAAAUUUGAUAAAUACAAGUAAUCGAAAGAGAAUUUUAAGCAUGAAAAUAUUACAUAAUAUAGCAAAAUGUGAUGUAAUGUAAUGUACAAUGUAAAGUAGUGAUAAGGGUUGAAUAAAUAUAUUACAAUAUA